GGUGCGUCACUGAGUUAAGCCUCUCUCCGCCUUUUCACGUGAACGCGCUUUAAGCCGAAUUAAAAAAUCCAGGGUUAACAAAGCCUGCGGAUGUCCCUCGCCUCAGUGGUACCUUCCUUCGCGACCCGAUUUCGCUGUCUUGUUGGUGACAGAAGUGGAAGCGUGUGGGACGACAGGGAGAAGAGUAGCUUAAGCUUGACUUUUUGCUGUCACAAUGGCGGAGCUGUACGAUUUGAUAAGUAAAUCUAGCCUUGAAACAUCUCGGAUAACUGCGUCCGUCCAGGCUGCAGUGGAAGGCGAGAGCAAUCAAUUAUCGAUCGCAGCACUCAUAGAAGCAGAACGAGAACUUCAAAUGAUGAGGAAACAGGAAAGAGCACAUUUUUUCAGCACCAAAGAGCAAGAACUAAUUUUGAAAUUGUAUGAAGAAGAAAGGGAUAUAUUAACGGCAAAAUCCAACACGUCAAGUGCUUCGAGGUUAAGAGAGGAGGCAUGGCAGAGAAUAGCUGACAAAAUUAAUGCGGCUUCAGACAGUGGCUACAAAAGAAGUUGGCAGCAAGUAAAAAUUAAACAUAAAAACAUCAUACAAUCAGCCAGACGACGAAGAGCAGAGAUGUUGAAGAAUGGAUUUAUACCCCCUCUGUCUCCUACAGAUGCCAUGCCACAAAAAGACAGGGUCCGAGUAGAAGUCUUACCGUCAGCUGAAUGUAUUGAGCCACUGAGUGACACUGAGGCAUCUAAUGCUUAUAUUAAUGUAUCAGGUCAUCCAGUUAUCCUGAUGCCUGUAACAAAGACUGAACCGGAGAGCGUGAGCAGUGAUGAGACAGACGUCAGUGACACCCACUAUGAAGGUCUUGAUGUGCACAACCGCACUUUGCAAGAAGUUAUUUCUGUUGGUAAUAAAAAUGAUUCCAGUAGCGGGACUGUUGAGGUGCAGAAGGAUGAUUUAAGAUCUCUUUAUUGCACAUAUCUCAAAAAGGAAAUUGAGAAUCGGGAACAGCUGAUGGCUUAUCGAGCACUAAAAAUGAAGAAGUUGGAGAAAGAAAUUUUAUUAUUAGAUAAGCAAUUAGCGUGACAAUUUA